GUCUUCAAUUUUUUCAAUCCGUCCAUUUUUGGUGGAAUUUACAGUUUCAGAUUGCAGAGACCUGUCAUUGUUGGUAGUAGAGCUCAUUUAAGAUCGUUAAGUGAACAAAACAAUGAUCUGGGUGGUGACGAAGAUGAGGGUACUUGCGGUGGAGGAAGUGGUGAAUGCAGGAUACGGUGUGAUUGAGCAGUGGGCAUUGUUGUUGAGGAAUGCAUGGCCUAAGGUUUCUAUGGUUCUUAAGAUUUUCAAAGACCAAGCUGUGAUUCUGAGUGCACUUUAGGUCUAUCUGCAUUCUUCUCAAUGGCAGAGACUUCUAUAACUACACUGUGGCCAUGGAAGGUUUGCUUUCUUGGUUUGAUGAUUGAUGGUUCUCCUAAUUAGUGAAUAGCAAUUGAAAUCUGAAUUUUAGUAUGGAAAUAUGGAAAAUUUUGGAAAGAUAAAAUAUAUGAAGUUGAAGAACAUUCACAUUUAAUGAUUUUUAUCUUGCAAAGUUUGUGGUUGUUGUGUAAUGGCAUUUGCUGACUUAAAUAUUGGGUUAAGUUUAGCAAAGAUUAAUUUGAUCUGCCUUUUCAAAUCUUGACUGUGAAAUUCAUGCAGCAUUAUUAUUGUUGUCUUGUUUGGUUGAGAUGAUUCUGGUUUCUACUAUGUUUUUCUGGUUCAUAUUAACUUAGAGAAGAACAAAAUUGUUUUUUUUUUUUUGAAUGUCACCAAGCCAUCGAGAAACUUUGAUCUCAUUGGUGAUUUGAUGCUAAUUUGUGUUAGGUUUGUGAGCUGGCUGAAAAAGAGUCUGAAGAUGGUUUAUUGUGAAUGCUUCACGGUGAUGUAACCCAGUUGUUGACCACCAUUGUUAUUGGUACUACAUACUAGUCUUUCACAUCAUCACUUAACUGAUCCAGUUUUUUUUGUCUGUUCAAUUUUGCUGUGUAAUUUAUUGAAGAUUUUGUUUCUGUAACUAGGGUGGUCAAUAUUGGAGAAACUGCUUUAGUUACAGAUGCAGCAACAACAAUAUUUGGAAAGGCCGGUGUUAGUGCAGCAACUGGAGUAAUGACUGUAUGUAUAUAAAAAUUCUAUCCCCUCUCUGUGCUCCAUGGACCCAACCUCCUUGCCUGCCUCUAUGUGUGCUUGUGUGUAAAACAUUAUGAAUUUGUAGUAAAUUAGAGUAAAAUAC